CUGUUUAACUCAGUGGCAAGCGAAUCGCCAAAGCAAACGCUAAAAUAAACUCUGCGAAUUUGUUUUAUAAAAUCUAAAAAAAAAAACUAAAAGUCAUGAGCACGCGAACGGCAGCUGUGAAAAAGUCGAAGCAAACUGCGCGAAUUGUGAUCGUUGGAGCUGGAGCUGCGGGCAUUGCAGCUGCGACUCGCCUGCUGGAGCAAGGCUUUCAGAAUGUUAAGAUCUUGGAGGCAGAGAGUCGCGUGGGCGGACGCAUCAAUACCGUGCCGUUUGGGGACAGUGUGAUCGACAAGGGCGCCCAGUGGUGCCACGGCGAGGGCACCAAUGCCGUCUAUCAGCGGGUCAAGAAUUUGAAUCUAUUGCACGCCACGGGCGAUGCCCUAAAGGCGACGCACUUUGUGCGCUCCAACAAGGAGAUCUUGAGCGACGAGACAGCCCUACAGCUGGCCACUGCCGUAGAGCUGUCGCUGCCCGUGGAGCCCAAUGAGGCCAACGGCUCGCUGGGCGACCACUUGACGAGCAACUAUUGGCAAAUUGUGGCCAAGUCCCCAACUGUGAAUCGUACAGUGGCGCAGGAGAUGCUGGAUAACCUUCAAAGAUUCAGAUGCUCCUUCACAGCGUCCGAUCAUUUGUUUGAGGUCUCGCGCCGUGCGCAUCUGGAGUUUGUCAAGGACGAAGGCGAGUUUAUGCUCAACUGGCGCGACAAGGGCUACAAGACCUUCCUGCGCGUGCUGAUGAAUGCCAAGGCGGAUCAGCCCGAGGAUCUGGGCGUGCUCAAUGGGCGUGUGCAGCUCAGCAAGCGCCUCACUGAGAUCAAUUGGGAUGGCUCCGAUGAGCUGCUGCUGCGCUGCUGGGAUGGCGAGGUGCUCACUGCGGAUCAUGUCAUCUGCACCGUCUCCCUUGGCGUGCUCAAGGAGCAGCAUGAGAAGCUGUUUGUGCCAGCGUUGCCCGUUACCAAAGUACGGGCCAUCAAUGGACUCAAGCUGGGCACCGUGAAUAAACUGUUCCUGGAGUAUGCUGCGCUCGUCUUGCCCAAGGAUUGGGCUGGCGUUAAUUUCCUCUGGCUGGAGGCUGAUCUUCUGGAGCUGCGCGGCACCGAACGCUUUUGGCUGGAGGGCGUCUUCGGCUUCCAUCGCGUUCUGCACCAGCCACGCCUGCUGCAGGGCUGGAUCAUAGGCGAGCAUGCUCGCUACAUGGAAACUCUAACUGAGGAGCAAGUGCUCAGCGGUCUGCAGUGGCUCUUCAACAAGUUCCUGCCCUUCGACAUGCCACAGCCGCUGAAGCUCAUGCGCUCGCAGUGGCACUCGAAUCCCAAUUUCCGUGGCAGCUACAGCUCUCGCACCACCUACACGGAUCAGCUGCGCACCGGCCCCUGGGAUCUGGAGACGCCACUACUCAAUGCCGACGGCACGCUGAGAGUGCAGUUCGCUGGCGAGGCAACCAGCAAGACGCACCAUUCCUCAGUGCACGGGGCCACAGAAACCGGCUGGCGCGAAGCCGACCGUCUCAAUGCCUUUUACAGCGCUCGCAAUGCAUCGUGAGAUGGGCGUGACACGAUUAUUAUAAAAUAAUUGGCUAACAAUCGUCUAAGCUUGUGCUGGCUAUCGAGACUUUUAGCUCGUUUUCAUUUACAUUGAAAAAAAUAUAAAAAUAAACAAAGA